AGGAGCUGCUGAAAGUUAUGCCAAGUUAUCAUGAACGGAAGGAAUAGCAUUACGCCCGGAAACGUUGAUUCACAGGAUAUUCCGAUCUAUCACAAAGAGGCGUUCCCCAACCAUCAUUACUCAAAUGUCAUUAUCCGUUCAUUGGUAUGCGAACCAAACUCAGCCUAUCAAUGUGUUCCCAUUGUAUCCCUUGCCGAAUUAUGCAGUCCGACGCGGUAGUCCGCAGUGAUGCCCGCUUAAUCCCCAGUUUCAAAGGGCCACAGCAAGGACUACUUUAUACGUAGAAAAUCUACUCACAAAGCCAUUGUUGUUUUUGAUCAUGAGGGGCUGGCAAAAUUGAUCGAACUGCAAAUUGAAGUUUACGUUCCGAUCAUUAUCUUCGACCGUCAAAGAGUUCCUCUUUCAGUCCAGAUGCUUCCGCUGUCAUAUCAGAAGUUUGUUCCGAAAACCACUCAAGCUUUUUACCGUUACUGUAUAACUUCUACCAUUUUCCCACGUUCUUCUCGUGUGCUUUAAGCUUGGCAGGAACUACGUAUCGCUGUCUACACAUCAUGCUAUCUAUUAAAGAGUAUAUCGACAAUCUCAACACGAGAGCCUCCAAAUCAACAUUUGGCAGAGUUUUUCGCCUUGAUGGAUGUGGUCAUGUACGUAUUCAAGUACUUAAUCCAAUCUUUAUGAGAUACUUACCAGUACUAGGAACAACAAAAGAAGAGUGCAAAGUUCAUUACGGAAAUCAGAGCUGGGGUGACGACCUUUUUCACAAUGGCAUAUAUCAUCGCCGUCAAUGUAUGCAGAGUUCCUUGAAGAAAUAUAACAUCCCUCUAAUAUUGCUUCAAGUCAACGGUUCUAUCACAGAGCGGUGGCCCCUGUAUCUGUUCCGACACAGAAGAUCCGUCAUGUGCAACAGAUUCAGACUACGCCGCUUGUGUUCUUGGUUAGUAAAUAUCUGGUUCUCGAAUGUUCUGUUUCCAAUGCUGAUUCUAUCUAGAUAUCAAUCGUGAUAUGAUUACUGCAACUGCAGCGGUGGCAGGCAUAGGAUCUUUGGCAUUUGGCUUCUUCACUAAUCUACCGGUCGCUUUGGCGUGAGUAUAUACUCCAAAAUAGUACUUCACAGACGGAAACUAAUGUUCUUAGACCUGGGAUGGGCCUGAAUGCAUACUUUACUUACCAAGUUGUUGGUUUUCAUGGGACUGGGACUGUUCCUUAUCGCUUGGCACUCACUGCAGUAUUCAUAGAAGGAUUCAUUUUCGUUUUUUUAUCUUUAAUUGGCAUGCGACAAUGGCUUGUAAAGGUAAUACCUGCUUCAAUUAAGGUCGCCAGCGGUGUCGGGAUUGGCCUGUUUUUAACAGAAACCGGAAUGUCAUACUCUGCAGGGAUUGGUGCUAUGACUGGCUCCGCAGUAACUCCCACAGCCCUAGGAGGGUGCCCUCCUCGCUAUCUCGACGUCACAGGGGCCUGUACCAGUCACCAAAUGACGAACCCUACGGUUAGAUUCCUCCCCUGUAUUAUCCUCACCGUGAAAAUUUUUACUAACUUUUUACAGAUGUGGAUCGGAAUUAUCUUCGGAGGUUUCUUAACUGCAUACCUAAUGGCAUUUAGAUUCAAAUCCGCCAUAAUUAUCGGCAUUGCAAUUGUAUCUAUCUUCUCAUGGCCGUAAGUAAAUCAAAGAGAUUUUGCUUCACCAGCUAACAUGUAUGGCAGGCGUGGCACGACCUUUACGUAUUUCCCGUACACUCCAGAUGGUGAAUCACGUUUCCAAUUCUUCAAACAAGUUGUCGCAUUUCAUCCCAUUCGCAACACACUCGCUGCACAGGAUUGGGAUAUCACUGCUGCAGGCUCUCACUUUGCUUUGGCGCUUUUUACUUUCUUAUAUGUCGACAUCAUCGAUUGUACCGCUACUUUGUAUUCCAUGGCGCGCUUUUCAGGAGCAGUCGAUACGAAAACUGGAGAUUUCCCCCGCUCUACCAUAGCAUAUUGUACGGACGCCAUGACAAUUUCUAUCGGCUCUUUGUUUGGAUGUUCACCUGUAACUGCAUUCAUUGAAUCUGGUGCUGGUAUAACUGAGGGCGGCCGGACAGGCCUCACAGCUAUCACAACUGGUGUCUGCUUUCUGAUAUCCAUUUUCUUCGCUCCCAUCUUCGCAUCAAUUCCUCCAUGGGCUACUGGAUGUACUCUUAUCCUGGUAGGAUGUAUGAUGAUGCGUCAAGUUGUUUCAGUUAACUGGUCUUACAUUGGCGACGCCCUCCCAGCUUUCGUCACUAUCGUCUCGAUCCCUUAUACAUACUCCGUUGCAUAUGGACUGAUUGCCGGUCUAAUGACAUAUACCGCUCUCAAUGGAUCCGUAUAUUUAACGCAAAAGAUUUCCAGGGGUAGAUUGACUCCACCAGAUGCUGACAAUGCUGAAUACUGGACAUACAAACCAAGCGGCGGUACGGCACCAUGGUUUAUUAGAGUCGCACAUCGAAAGUUCUGGCAUAGAGGCGAUAUGGAAAGUAUUGAUGGAAACUCGGCUACCAUGGAACAUGAAUUAGCUGAGAAGAGACGCUCUGAGAUUAGAUCCUCUGAUCUUUGAUCAAAUCGAUUUAUGCACACGGUACUCUUCUGCUUUACGGUUAUAGUUCAUGGAUAUUUACACAGUGCGUAUUGGUAUAAUAGGACUCGAAAAAUGGUUUUGAUAUAAAAAAUUUCAUGGAAUGGUAAGUUGUAUUGAAUGGUAUAUUUGUUGGUUUUAAUAGAGAGAUGACUUAUGGGCAUGAUAGCUUGCUUGCAUGAGGGUAUGAAGUAUAAAGGAAAAGGUUUGGUUUGAUGGAUGAAUUAUGGAUAAAAA